UAUCAGGGUCAGAGUUAGGAUUUGGUAUAAAGCGACUUACUGACACAGAAUAAAGAAAUUUACUGGCUAUAUAAAGAAUAAAGAAACUGUUAAAAGAACCAGAGAUAAUUAUUCCUGUCCCUGGCAGACAACGGAGCAAAAUGGAUUUAGUACAAAAAAGGCAAUAGACGUCAGUUCCAGAGGUUUUCCAGAAAAAGAUGCAUCAACAGGAACGGACCAAGGUCACUACAUACUGGCAGUUGGAGAGACUGGUGAAGAACUACACCAGACUACCAGAACAUUGUUCAGUCCCUGUUAUCCAGCAGAAGAACAGGUGUGUUCAAUCCAUUUUAAAGCAGUAGUUAGUGGAUCGAAGAAAAAUGAGAAGCUAUUGGUUUACGUCAAUAACCACUGUGGUACUGAUAGCGCUGAGUUACCUAAACGACCAUUAAUAGGACCAAUAAACCCACCUGGACCACUGACUCAUACAAACGGCAGUUGGUUCGAGCAAUCAAUUUAUUUGAAUAAAUCGCCUAUGAUGACUUCAUAUCAGAUAAUAUUGGCUGCAGAUGUGCCCCAGGAGGACUCGUAUAUAGCCAUCGACAGCAUAUCACUGAAAUCUUGCCAGAAAGAUAAAAUUCCACCAAGGGCCGUGAGUUCGUUUGAUAAAUGUGAUAUAAGUAUCGGAUCAUGUGGUUGGUUAAACAGUGCUGAAACUACGGCCAAAUGGAGAUUAAGUGACAGACAUAAAUCGUGGAUGUCAAACACCAGAAAUGGUGAAUAUGUAUAUGUUGAAAGGCAGAAAAAAACAAGUAGCAGUGUUAAAUAGUGUGGUCCAUCCUAAACCUAGAUAUACGUCGGAUAAUUGUACGGUAGGAUUUUAUUAUUUGAUGUCGGAUAAUAUUGAGUCGAGACUGAAGCUGGAAUGGAGAAAACCUUGUUAUGACAUGUCAGCCAAGUUUUUAUGGGAGACUACAGGAAGAGAACCGUUAAAAUGGUACCAUCAAGUUAUAGAGCUCAAUGUAGAUAGCAGUUUUAUAUUAGUUUUUACUGCUGAUGUGGCUGAGCACGCUAUGGAAGGUAUAGGUGUUGCUAUAGAUGAUAUCACAUUUAGUCCAAGCUGUUAUUCUGCAUCACAUAGAGGUUCAAAUGGAAAACAUCAUUUUGAUUUUGAAUAUGAAUAUGAAUAUAGCUGUGGACCAGAUUUUUUUUUCUCAACUUGUGGUGCUGUGGGUCAGAAGGGACCGAGUCAAAAAUUAUGUAAUGCAGAAUAUAAACAAAGUUCACGGAAUAUAAGUGUUCAAGUUGAAGAUGGAGUUCAAAUCUGGACUAUUCCUGAAACUGGCGUUUACAGCAUAACGGCUGUGGGAGCAUCCGGUGGUUUAGGAACUGAAAGUGGUUCUGAGUUAUCUCGAGGUGGCUAUGUUCAUGGAAAAUUCAACUUUACUUCUGGAACCAAACUUUACCUUUUGGUUGGACAAGAGGGUGAAAGCGCUUGUCUUAAGGCUGGAUUUGAAUCAUCGUCUUAUUGUUUGAUGAACACUGUUAAAAAAAAUGGUACAGGUGAGAGGUCACCACCUGUUGUCAGAGGUGGUGGUGGUGGUGGUGGAGGAACAUUUAUAUAUCAGAGAAAACCAAAUGGUGAAAUUUACCCACUGAUAGUAGCAGGAGGUGGGAGUGGUCUCCCUUAUAAUCAGACUGAUGAUGUUAAGAUGUUAUCAGGGGGAAUAACUAUCAGUGGUUCAGGAUUAACUGGUAAAUCAACAGACAAUAUGUCUGGUGCUGGAGGUGGGUUACAUGGAUCUCGUGAUAAUACUAUGACAGGUCAAUCUCUAGCUAACGGAGCAGAGGGAGGGACAGGUUGUACUUUUACUUUUGUUGACAAGACGUGGUCCACUAAUGGUGGAUUUGGUGGCGGUGGAGGAGGAUCACUCAACUUAGUAUCUCAAGUGCUCAACUAA